AUGAUAGCCAGACAUUUGGUUUUUCUCAAAGUUGCUUCAAUAUGUUUUGGAAACCUAAAUGAAACGUAUAUUGCUCCAUUGAUAGGCGACCUACAAAGAGCACCGUUAGUAGCUUUGGUAAACACCAGUGAUAUUAGACAAAAUAUAUUGAAAUCUUUCAAAAAACAACUAAAUGAAAAAGUGGAUAAUUUAGUCAAGCAGAAAUUAAAGAAUAUUAAUCAUCGCAUUCAGAAAUUGGAAGAAAAAUGGAAAUCAUUUGAGAAAGACAUUUCCACCGGAACUAAAAAAGGAAAAGUGAUUAGAGAUUGCAGCGAUCUUCCAAAGGAUGUUCGGAGUGGUAUUUACAGAAUAAAACCAGAAAAAGAAAAAGCGUUCAAUGUUUAUUGUGAGAUGACAAUUGACUCUGGCCGUUGGACAGUUAUACAGAGGAGAAAGAAUGGUGAUCUUGAUUUCUAUCUGGGAUGGGCAAAAUACAAAACAGGAUUUGGUCAUCUUAAUCGAGAAUUUUGGAUGGGUAACGACAAGAUUCACACGCUGACAUCACAAGGGAGAUAUGAAUUGAGAAUAGACCUGUAUGACUUUGACAACAAUCAAGCUUAUGCUAAAUACCAACAUUUCUACAUAGGCAAUGAAACGUCGAAGUACAAGAUCAGUGUUAACGGUUACAGUGGUACUGCUGGCGACAGUCUCCAUUACAGUAACGGUGCAAGAUUUACAACUCUGGACAUGGACAAUGAUGACUCUAUACAUAACUGUGCUACAUAUCAUCCUGGUGCAUGGUGGUACAAAAGUUGUAUGCGUUCUAAUCUCCAUGGAGAUUAUUAUAUUAAGACUCUAAUUGGAACUUGGAAUGGUAUAAUUUGGAAUACAUGGAAAGGAUAUCAAUACUCACUAAAAGCAACAUCUAUGAUGAUUCGAAGGCUGUGUUAAUAAUAAACUCUUCAUAAUUACCACUUUAUUAUAUACUGGUAUUCGAUGCAUAGAAUUGAU